AUGGCAUUGAUUCAACGAAGGUUGGAGGAAGUUAAUACCGACGACGAUGAACUACAACCAAACAUAAGUUCAUCCGAUGAUGAGGUUGCAGGAGUUUCCUCUUUAGCAAGGUACUGUAGGGAGGCACUGGAAGUGAUGAUAAUUCAAACAUUUCAGCGCAUCAUCGAGCCAAUUAUUCUACCUGUUCUUACGCCUUUAAUCCAUACAAUUAUAAAAGAGCAAAUUGGAUUGGCUAAGCAGGAGAUUUUGGUCAGCAUGAAAGAGAACCUAGCUAACAAGGAAAUUGCUUCAGUUCAAAAAGUUCUAAAACUACAGUUCAGAAGCAAGAUAUGCCUACCAGUCUACACCGGCAAACCACUUCUAGGAGAGAACGAGAAAACUAUAGAAAUAGCCAUGGUGGAUGCCCUCAGUGGGCAGAUAGUUACUACCGGGCCUGAAUCUAUGGCAAAACUCGAAAUAGUUGGCUUCCGGAUAGGUGACGAUGAAAGCAAUGAUGCUAAUUGGACUUCAGAAAAAUUUCAAAAGAUGGUUAUAAAUGAAAGGAAAGGGAAGCGCACCCUCCAAGGAAAUACUUGCUUUCAGCUAAAAGAAGGCAUAUGCUUUGUCGACAGGAUUUCUUUUACUCAUAGUUCAGAAAACAUAAAAAAUGGUUGGUACAGACUGGGGGCAGGAGUUGUGGAUGCCACUUUAAUGAAUGCGGUGGAAGUAGCAAGUACGGAAGCGUUUCUGAUGAAAGAUGGGCGUGCUAUCUAUUCUGAAAAACAUUCUCACCCAUCUUUGUCCGAUAAGGUGUGUCAUUUACAACAGAUCCGCUAUAAGGGUCCUCGCUAUAAACAUCUGGAAGAGGCAGGAGUGAUCACUGUUAAGGAUCUUCUGACUCUCCUCUACAAAGAUCCAAAACGGCUGGAAGAUAUACUUGACCUAAAAGCUUCUUCUAAGAUCUGGGACGACAUCAUAAAAAAUGCUCAGGCUUCCAAGGGAUUGUUUUUGUACCUUGAUCCAAGCAAUGAAACAAUAACCGGCCUGGUUCUUGAUGUCAAACUACAACUAAAGGCAUUAAUAGUAGAACAUCAUCAGUACAUACCGGUCAACCAACUAUCUGGGGAACAAAAGGCAAACAUUCACAAUUUAGUGAAAUAUGCAUCUGAACAUCUAGACGUGCUUCACUCUUUCGAAGAUGAGAUUUCUCUUAAAGAAUAUGUUGAAACGGGUACAGAUAUCACCUCAAUACCAUCUUCCCUGACUAAUGAUGGGCCACCAAGUCCCUGUUCACAAGUUAUCCAUGCUUCCACUGAUCUCAAUGAACAUCCAAACAUCUUAAAUAACUCCCAAAUGGGUCAAAUUACAAACCAUGCACCUACUGUAACCUAUAGAUCUGAACGGGGAAAAGAGAUAGUCCGUUUUGAUGAUGAGAUGAUUUAUUUCCCACAUUACUAUGAUGAACAUACUUCAUAUCAUCGACCCAAUCUAGAAAGUCUAAAUGGGCCUAAUUUUGGGACUGCAACAGAGCCAAACACAUCUUCUCAGGCUGUCGAGUCUCUCCUCGAGACAUGUGGGCAUAUGAAUACGCAUGACACCUUUUGUCAGGCUCUAGAAGAAUUUGAAGAUUUACGCUACAUUCUAAGCUUUGAUCAUGACUUUCAUCUUGGGAACCCUUACAAUGAGUGGCCUUCUAAUCCAGCAAAUUCUGAUACCGAUGUUGUGACGCUGACUGCUCGAACUGUUUCUGCCUGCACUAUUGCCCGUACAAGAUGGAUAAAAGUGUUUAAAUUGCUAAGGGCUCGGAAAAGAUGGAUAAAAGUGUCCAAAUGGAUAAGGCAGAACUCCUUAAGGAAAAGAAUCAGUGUUUCAGACGGGAUUGAAGCUCACAAAAAACAGAGGUAUUGCUAAUACAGAAUAGAAUCAUACAAUUCAGAUAGUUUUUAUAUGCUGCAUAAUGAAUCUAGUGGACAGUUGUAGAAGAAGUCAUAUGUUUCUUCUAUUGUUAACUUAUUUCUUUCUA